AUGAAUUGGCAGUUUACUUUGUGCGGAGCAAGUACAACCAGUGCUGAUUCUUUGUCUCCAGGUCAUGGCGACAACCCAGAUGACUUCAGCCUAGAAGAUGCCCUGUAUGACCUCAGCACCAAGCGACCCACUCCCAAGGGCCCCAGAAAGCCGGCAGGUGGGACAGGCUUUGAUUUGGCUGAUUACUUUGACACCCCUCUGGAGACUACCACCAAACCAGCCAAGCCGACUCCGAAGCCCUUCCCUAGGCCAGGGAAGCCAGACAACAGCUUUUGGGAUGUCAUCCGCACCACCAAGCAGCCAAAAACUACAAGGGCCCCUCCCAAGCAUAACCCAGCAAAGAAUCCUAUGGAUUUUGACUUGGCUGAUGCCCUUGAUGAUAAGAACGAUGGGAAAGAUGGUGGGAGGCCGGACAUAAGGCCAGGUGAAGCCAUUUCAGACGACGACCUGGCCGGCAUCGUGGAUGGCGGUUACAGCCCGGAUAAGAAGAAAGGUGCCGGGGGUAGCACUGACAGUGACUAUGGCGGAGGCAGAGUGGCAGAGACGGGGACGAUCGCCGGUAUCGCCAGCGCCCUGGCCAUGGCGCUCAUCGGGGCCGUCUCCAGCUACAUCUCCUACCAGCAGAAGAAGUUCUGCUUCAGCAUCCAGCAGGGACUUAACGCGGAAUAUGUGAAAGGAGAAAACAUGGAAGCUGUCGUAAGCGAGGAACCCCAAGUUAAAUAUUCAGUACUGGAAACACAGUCAGCAGAACCACCAAAACAACACAGUGCGAAGAUGUAAAGCUUGACCUGGGGCUAGAAAAGAAUCACUCAGCAGCAAAUGGAGAUCUUACAUGCUUGUAAUUUAGCUUUUUAUUUAAUUUGAUUCCAAAGCUAUUUAAUGUGUACUUAGGCUUGAACUGGCUUCUUAUUGCUCUAGGCUUUAGGGUUAGAGUGGUAGUAUGUGUUCAUUUUUUGUAAAGAGAUAUAUGCUUACAUCGAGGUAAUACUGUAGGUUUGAUGUCCAGUUGUAUGCAAACCAACAGAAGGUGCUUCAGUAGCAGUCAAUUUUCAAUUAAGGGACAAGGUCUUUUUCAAGGAGCAGAAGAACUUACAGGUAUGAGGACAGCAAAGUGCCUGUAAGUAGCAAUCCAAAGCAAACCAUUCAACGCCCUUUGUAAAGCACCUCCAGCCAACUUCUGCCAUCAGCUAUGGGCCUGUCACUUCCAACGGCGGUGGUGAAAACUGCACAUUUCCUGAGGGUAGACUGCGGUCCUUAGCAUAGCUACACCUAAAAAUAAAGUGCCUAUGGGUAGGUCCCCAGGUGGGGCCUCGGGCUGAGGCAGGUGACUCCCUGCUCCGAAGCCAGGAGUUGAGGAUGCUUCACCACCACACAGCGCUGCGCUUCUAACCGCAUAAAAGGACCUGCUUUUCACACCGAGUCAUAAAUACAGGUAAUAGCAGCGUGUGCAAUGUUCACUUUUAGCAAAUACCAUUUGAAUGCUUGACUAUGCUAGAGAUCAGAAUGGAGCUGAAGCUGCCAAGCGAUACAGUUUGUCUGUGUGACAUGAGAUACCUACAUUGUCACUGAAACGAAAACUGUGUGUUUGGAUGCUUCCAAGGACAGGUUCAGAUCUCAUUCACACUAGAACAAAUUACAGAUUUAACCCAACAGAAAAUAAACAAAGUAGGUAUCCCUUAAGACCUGUAACACUCACUGCCACAAGAGAAGUCAAGCUUAGCAAGAUGCAGUCCCCACACCUUCUCCUCCAGUCAUUAACACAACUGUUGAGAGCACUCCCUGGCACCAGAAAAAGGAGAUACAGCUUCAUCCUUUGUGUCACCGACUAACCUUUAAAAAGGUUAAUCUCCUGAGAGAUUAACUGAAUCUCCUGAGAGGAUGGGUCCUCCAUCACCAUCCUGCAUGGGGUUCCUGCAGCUUUCUGGGAAGCUUCGGGCUGCGAGUGGUGCUCAGAAGGACACUGGGCUACCACCACGACAGCACCCUGAUCCCACGCGGGUGCUCAUGCAACCGUCUUCAAUGUUGUACCAGUGCCAACACCUGACCUUCACUAUGUUGCAAGAAUUUGUGUUUAUAUUUCUAAUCCCUCCCCAACCCUUUUUUAUGGCUACUAAAAUGUGAAUACUACCACUUUCUGAUACAUUUAUUCAAAUGAAUGAUGACUUAAAACGCAUGCUCUCAAGUGAAGGAAAAUUCACAUUACGUGGUAUAAGAGACACUCACUAUUUAUAUAUAAACCUGAAAUGUGUGCAUUUUGUACUGUUUCGCAAAUCCCAUAUUUUGUGAAUGUAUAUUAAAAAAAAGCCUUUUCAGUUUGAUGUACAAAUUCACAGCUUUCAGGUAGGCAUGACUUAGAGAAGGCCUUGCCAGGAGGCGAAUCAGCCUAGGAGCAUUGCUGCCUAACAGCUCCAUUUGAAAGGAAAUUGCCUAGUAACAUGGUUAAGUGUUUUGCAAUAGCUGCACAAUUCUUUAUGCUCUUUUUAACACUUGCAUUUUUAAAGCCUUACACUAGCUCUAGCAGAACAGCUACAGUGUUUUAUAAGGGAGACAAGUUCUAGGGAUAUACGGUGCCUCACGUGUAUUCAGAACACUUAGGCUACACUACUGCUACGAACUACUGCUGCUUUGUUUUAUGAAUGUGUUUGGGUUAGAAAAUAAAAAUAUUUAUUUAUUGGCUCUCAGAGAGUGGAAGCAGAGGAAGUAGAGAUGGGAUGCACUCUGUGUUUGCUUACUCCCAGAGGCGGCUUUUCAUGGAGGAAGCGUGGUCUGCAGGAUUCGGAUCGUCACGUGCAGCAGCUCAGACGCCGAUGCAGCCACGCAGCUGAGUUUGUGUACCUCCAUUCCCAAACACCGUCGCCUGUUUUUCUUACUUAGCCAAACACAUUUGAAAGCUGUAGCAUGAAAAAUGUUUUUAGAAAGUUCUUUAGAUGAAGUGUUAUGACACGGCAUUGAUGGUAACGAGGAGCCGUUUUCCUAGCUUAGAUCAAGUGACCGUAAUUCCCUUUCUCCUUUUGCUGAUGACCAUGUUUUCUGUAGAUGCAGAUCAUCGGGUUUAUUGCAUUUCUGUCACCGUGCGCUCCCCGUUUGUCUAGUGGACAGUGCAAUGGAGUGUCCAGCACUGCCUAAAGAAUAUAGCGCCUACCCCUCCUUUGGGAAACUCUUACACUAGAACAUAUGAGAAACACGUGUCUAAUUCAUGAAUACUGCAGUUUAAAAAAAAAAAGGCAAAAAAAGCUGUUUCACUGAAAAAAAACCCCAGUUUUUAGAACUCACAAGUUGCUCCUUUCCCCAAGGCCCUUUCUAUGACUUUGGUGAAUACUUAUGCCUUAGUGUUAUUUGUAGGUAUGUGGAAAACCGUAAAUGCACAGUGAAAGGGAGUACUUCUUCAAAAAUUUACAGUAACAGAAUUCAAGAUCUCUUUCUGUAGGAUUUCACAUAGGAAAAUAUUGACAAAUACCAUAGUAAAGAAAUUAAACUUGGUCUUCUCUUCAGAACUGGACAAGAGUCAAAGUCUUAAUGUGCGAAAUACCUGUAAAGGCUCAAAUUACUUUUUUAUUGCAGUCUGUCUCCUUCUCCAUCUGAACUCUCAGACCAGUCUCUGAGAAAUAAGGAGUUUAUACAUCAUCUAUAUUUUAGGCAUUAUAGCAACUGAGAGGAUUCCUGUGUAUUUUCCUAGUAGCGAUCCAAGUUCUGAAACAACUGACCCAGCUCUGACCUCUCUACUUUCAUUUAAUUAGUAUCUAUUCUCUUUAAAUCUGGAUACGGAAUUUUUAAAAAUCCUGCACUUUGGUGCUGCAUACUGGUACGAACUUUCUCAUCCUUUAUAAAAAAAGGCCAUAAAGCACUGGAAAAAUGGGAUUUUUUUUUUUAUGAGUCCAAAAACUGUAUCUACAGCUGCCCUGAAAGUUUACAUACUACGUGUGCUGCGAGUCCUUUUUCUUUUCACACCUCACUUCUUCAGCUUAACUAAAGCUAUUUUUAAUAAAAUGAUUCAGAAAAGGUUUCUCAAUUACAGAGAAAACAGAAUUGAAAUAAUUGAACUAGCGCUUUUCAUGUUGUUUAUUCUACCAAUUACUUUCAUUUUCCUUUGGUAAUACUGUAGUAGUUCCUUCAUUUGAGAUUUGGCAAUACUGCAGUAGUUUCUUCGGUUUAGAUUCUUCAGUUGAGAAUACUCUGACAUGAAUUUCAGAUAUUUUGGCACUAUAAAUUCAGUUAUUUUCAUGCAACCCCACUAAGGAACUCUCACAAGUGCUAUACUGUCAUUCUUACCUACUCAUUUGUUGUGAUAAAAAUGGAAUUAGUCCAUAAUACCAUUUCAAAUUCUGAAAAAGUAAGACGAGUUGACAGGCUAAGGCUUUAAAAAUUUGCUUCUGCAACAAAGGAGGUUCAGGAACAAAUGAAGUUCAGAAACAAUGGCAUUGUGAAAUUAGAGAAUCCUUUCUUUUGAAUGAAGUCCUUACUUAAAAGCAAGGCAUAUUGUUUGCUGAUGCAGAAGCGAUCUGUACCAAAUGAAGGUUGAAUGUUACGCUGUGAAAAGAUAAGAUUCAUUUUGCUAACGUGCAUGUAAGGAUCAUGGGGGUAAAAAUCAGAAUUUGACUACCAUUGGAAAACACCAAAUAAAACAAGUUGACUACUAAGACA